AUAUGUAGCAGUAAUCUUCAUGCCAUUAUCAUUAGCAUUACCAAUGUGUUACUAAUUGUACAUUAAUUAAAAUUAAUUAUCAAAAUUAUUGUUAAAAAAUUAAAAAAUUGAUUGAAUCGUAAACGCGAAGCACAAUAUUGUUAUUCCAAUUCCGACUGUUUUCAUCUCUUUCACAUUGUUAGAUUUCUCUGCAUCGUUUAUGUCUGUCAUCUGUGAUAACGUUUGAUAGUUGCCCGUUCGCGGAAGCAUCGCGGUCUAGCGCUUCAACGUGAGCAACGGCACUAUUUUCGCGAUGCAAGUGUGUGUGAUUUGAAUACAUUGUAUCGCGGUUAAAUGUUAGUGAGCGAAUGUUAUCUAAAGUAAGAACGUCCACAAGAAGAAUGGCAGUGAGACAUUAUGCGCGUCAGUACACGGUGCAGUUAAUCGACGAGAAAGUCACGGAUGGAAAUGUCAGCAGCGAAAACAGUGACGUGGAGGAUUAUUAUCCAUUGAUACAUCACAAUAUGAGCGGCGCGAUAGUUGACGCGAAUGCACGUGGACGAACGAAGGAACUCGGCUGGGACGAGACGGCAUAGCUUUUCUACCAACCUAUAUUCAGAGAAUCUCGAUGAGAAUUUCGCUGCACAGUUCUCGUCGAAACUUGGUCACGAACGGACGUUGAAGAACGGAUGUUGAAUCGUACGAUAAUUCUUUGGGCUUCGAUAAUGCCGAGCAGAUUUUCGGAUCAAUCAAGGAUUGCUCCGCGUCAGUUCGGAAAAUCUCGACGAGACUGCUUCUCGCAUUUCUUGUUGAAUUUCGCACGUGACGAGUGUUGGGAAUAUACUUCAUGUGCGGCAAAUAAUAGAGCAACGGAAGCGAGUUUUUGGAUUAAUUGAGGUAUAUGAUAAUAAUUCUUCUCGGUAUACAAAUACACAAUCAAAGGAAAUAUUUCGCGUCGUAAAUAUAGUAAAGUGCAAUCACGUAAAUUAUGUUAGCAUACUUUCGUUGAAAUACUCGGCUAUGUUUAUAGAAGUCACUGGCUGUUUAGACUAGCACGAUCACCUUGAGUUACAGUUCCAGUGUUUUGCCGAGAAGAUUCGGCUAUGUUUCGUAUUUGUUGUUGUACACCGCGCACGGGAUAUCAGAAAUUUUGUGACUUGGGCAGUUGCUACAUUUCUCGUACGUUCUAAACGUGUCGCGUCGUGAGUGUGACAAACAGAUGUGCUCAUACGAAAUGACGAACAAUCGUCUCCCGAACUAUAAUUAGCCGUGUAUUUUUGAUUCGUAGUAUUGGAAAUAUAUUUGUGUGAGUGAGUGAGUGCAUCAAGAGAAACUUGACGGCAUGGAUGCAAUGGAGCUUGGAUCGGUCGGCGAUGGUGCAUCGGCGAUACAUCAACCGGAUCUUAUGACGAAGAACAAGCAGCGAUAUCGAUGGCGUUUGCUGAUCUGCGGCAUUGUCAUCAUAGUCGUGCUGGCUUUGGUGAUCGCGGCGGCGAUUCUUCUGACCGGCAGGCCGGAAUCCGCUGCAUCCAGAACAAACAGCGCACCAGGUAUUUCUCUGGAGGAAUGGCUCUUCGGUUCGUUAUCUCCCAAGAGCUUCAACGGCACGUGGAUCAGCGGAGACGAGAUUCUCUACCGGGAUGAGAGAGGCAAUUUGUUGAUCUACAAUGCCAGCUCGGCCGCAUCCAGGAUUCUGCUAGACUCCAGCAAUGCCGCACUACUAUCGAGCUUUGAUCACCAACUAUCUGCCGAUAAGAAGUAUCUGUUGCUCUUUCUCAACUACCAGAAGCUGUAUCGUCAUACGUACGUGGCUCAUUACAGAAUUGUGAACCUGGAGACUCUAACGGAGACGAUAUUGGCGGGGAACGAGUCGACGCCGUUGCAGCUCGCAACCUGGGCGCCACGUGGCAAUGCCCUCGUCUACGUAUAUCAGAAUAAUAUCUACUACCGACCGGAGGCGGAGGUGGCUAAUGACUAUCAAAUAACCGAUACAGGAGUAUUUGGAAUUAUCUACAACGGAGUGCCGGACUGGGUGUACGAAGAGGAAGUAUUCGGCUCGAACGAGGCACUCUGGUUUUCUCCCAGCGGCAGUAAAUUGGUGUUCGGCUAUUUCGAUGAUACGAACACUCCUAUUAUGACUAUACCGUUUUACGGAUAUCCCGGAAGCUUAAGUUUCCAAUACACUUCGGCAAUACCUAUUCACUAUCCUAAAAGCGGCACCAAGAAUCCAACAGUGAAACUAUUUUGCGUCGAUCUCGACAUGGUGGUGCAGGGUAAUGUAACCUUGGUGGAGAUUGAACAUCCACUUAUCUUGUCCACCUCCGAGAGGAUUCUGUCGGCGGUGGACUUCCCUACGGACAAUCUCGUGUUCGCGACUUGGAUGAAUCGGGUGCAGAAUAGGGCGUACUUCCAACUCUGCGACGUCGACAACCUUCUGCCAAAUUGCACGACAGCGCUCUCAUAUAUCGAGACAAAUGGCUGGGUAGAACAGUUCGAAGCGCCUACGUUCAGCGAGGACGGCACGUCCUUCCUCCUGAUAUUGCCGCAGAAACAGAAGGACGGUAGCAAUUGGCGACACGUUGUGCUGGUUACGAAUGCAACCAGCGGCAAAUCCACCAUCACUGCCCUCACAUCUGGCUAUUUCGUCGUGACGGAGAUAGUUUCGUGGGAUCAGGAGGAUUCGUACUUAUACUAUUUGGCCACUUCGGAGCACGAGUCGGCGGUUCAACAUUUAUAUAGAGUGUCCCUGCUGGAUCCGGAGCACAAGUCGGUGUGUUUGACUUGCAGUAUUGUUAGAGAAAGGGAUGGCAGCCGCUGUUUGUACAAUAGCGCUAAAUUCUCCACUGACAAUUCGCAUUACGUGCUCACUUGCGCUGGGCCUGGAGUACCCGACAUAUCCAUCUACAAUAAGAAUUCUACGCUACUCUUCGUAUGGGAGGACAACGCCAUGGUGACUGACGUGAUAGUCGAGAGAUCGCAGCCAAUCGUCCAUAGAUACAAAAUCCCGGUUCCCGGCGGCUUUCACGCCCAGGUGAGGCUCCUGAUACCACCCGGUGCUGAUUUGAGUGGCGCCACCAAGUAUCCCAUGCUGGUUUAUGUAUACGGUGGACCGGAUUCGUAUCAGGUGACGGAGAAAUUUAACAUCGACUGGGGCACGUAUCUUGUGACAAACAAAAGUAUCAUAUAUGCCGCUAUUGAUGGCCGCGGGUCCGGAUUAAUGGGUAACGACAUGAUGUUUGCUGUGUACCGGCACCUCGGCACCGUCGAAAUUAUCGACCAGAUCAACGUCACUAGACAUUUGCAGGACAAAUUGCCCUUCAUCGACCGUACCAGGACAGCGAUAUGGGGUUGGAGUUACGGUGGAUACGCGACCGGCAUGACACUUGCCAUGGAUUUAAAGGGUGUCUUCAAGUGCGGCAUGUCCGUCGCGCCCGUUACGGAUUGGGCGCUUUACGAUUCGAUUUACACCGAACGGUUUAUGGGCUUACCAACCGUCGCCGAUAACCUGCAGGGCUAUGAGCGGGGCCAGCUGCUCAACAAGGUUGAGAACAUUAAAAAUAAGAUGUACUAUCUGAUUCACGGAACUCUGGACGAUAAUGUGCAUUAUCAACAAUCGCUCAUGCUUGCGAAAGUCUUGGAACAGAAAGACAUCCUCUUCAGACAGCAGACUUACACGGACGAGGAUCACGGUAUCGCCCAAUCGCGAGCACAUCUUUAUCACUCGCUGGAAAACUUCCUCGACGAAUGCUUUCAGACGUCGUCAUGAUCGGAUCAUGGAAUAGUGAUGACAAUCUAGAUGCUGUACACCACUUGCCUCACACUUACCACUUGUAAAUACUUUAUCACAUGUACAUAGUUUAUGUACGAUAUGUAAUAUGUGCGUUUAGAGAGAGAAUGUACAUAGCGGUAUGAGAUUGCCGAGGGAGUGAGAGAAUGCGAGGAAGAGAGCGAAAAUACGAUGAGAGAUAGAAUAAUUAGGCAUCAUUUGUCACGGAACUACACAGGGCUGGUCUGUGAGAAGCAUCUUUGAUACGUUUUUUAAAGGUACCCGAUCAAAUGGUGCAUCAAAGGCCUAAUAACGACGCGGGACCCGUCGUCUCGCUGUUUAGACCUCAAAAAGUACUAGAGUAUAUAUUGUGUAUCGUUGCAGCUCGUACUUAUAUUCGCAGAUUGUUUUAUCUCAGCAUAUCGGAAUCGACGCGCGAGAUGUUACUCUCCAGAUGGUCAAAUGGAUCGAUCGAUUUAACACGACGCGUCGCGACGUCGGGAUGUUUUAGAUCGUCGUGAAGUGUAAGGCGCAAUUUUUCGUCGUUUAAUCCUGAUCGAAUUAUUAUUUCAUAAAUCUGCGAUGUGUGUGUGUAACUUUAACAUAAUUUGAAAAAAUUUUAUUCACUUCUAUCAUUAUGUUAAUCAUCAGAGCCGGGUCUAGACCCUGUAACGUUUUUGUGCAAUCUUUAUACGAGCAUCCCUCAUCAAUACCAAAAUGGACCAAAUAAAAAGCAAACCAAGUAAGGUAGAAUAAUUUUAUUAAUAUAUAAAUAGAGAAAGGGACGCCAGCCCUUUUUAGCUGAUCAAAAUUUGUCUGACAGACUAAAAUAUUACAAACCACUAGCACAAAAGCAGCAUCUUUCGGAGGCAUCCCUCUUUAAAACUCCCUCCCCUUUUAAGACCGGCUCUGUUAAUGAUAAAAUAAUAAUGAAGUGGUUAAUUAUAGUGUAAACCACUUCAUAAUCUGUGAAUCAAUAAUUUUAGAACUUAUUUUAGAAUUUCUUUUAGAAGAAACAAAAAUUUUUAUGUUUUCAAAUUAAAUUAAUUGAAUACAUUUAACUAUCUGGAAUAUUAUGUUCCCUAUCUACAUAUUUUCUUUGUUACUGUACCCGUAGUCUUUU